CGCUUCGGGCAAAAAACCAACCUGUCGAAAGACAAUGAUGAGCCAGCAUGCCCAUUAGACAAGACGUGGCUAAAUAUGAUGGACCGAAAGAAUUCCAGUUCUGAUCGAGUCAGCACAUAACAUUUGUUGGAAAUACUUUGGUUGACAAAACCGGACUGUGUCGUUGAAGGCGUUUGAAAAAGCCCGCGGAUUGACUGAAGGUCGUCAGGAAGAUUGCACUCCUGAUCCACUCAAAAAUUAAUAUAAAGCGUGGCACAUCGUUCGGACUAGCUUUCAAACUAACAAAGUUCAAACGAUUCGACUCAUUGAAUAGCGAUGUACGGUUUAUUGUACGUUUUGUGGGUUAGUGUAGUUGGAGCUGCCGUCAAUUCUCUAGAAUCAAAUGCGCUCCUGAAACGAUGUCCUUGUGUUCCGAUCAAUACAUGUUACAGCCAGGGUAUAAGUUUGAACGAGCAGAACUAUCUUAACCAGUAUUUCCAGUGCGUUGACCACAUGAAGAUCCACUGUUGUGGGCCAUACUAUCCUACGUUGGGUAGUGAGGACUUCUAUUUCGAUGAAUCGAAUCUGGAACCACAAAAGUGGCGUGCCGGGGAAAAAUAUGAAACAGUUUUUGUGGGAAACCCACCCGAGAAAGUAAUGGUCGUUAUGGCGGAAAAAGCUACAACUGCACCACCGGCCAGAGAAACCGUUCAAAUCGUAACUGUUGUACCAGAAAUUUUGGAAACGACCACACAGUCUGAUGAAUCCACCACUAUGCUUGAUUUUGCGGAGGCAACAACUGUAAAGACGGAAGAGAUCACAACAACGGAAUUUAUCGAUGAUAUUACAGAAAGCCCAGAAGUCGUGACUAAAACAAGUACAAAUGAGGUAGAAGCAACGACCGACUAUCUAACAACUUCCAUCCCCAGCACAACAGUAAAGGAAGAACAACACAAGACUGGCAAAUACCUUAAACGAAAACCCACCAAAGCGGAGCGGGAAUUUCACCAGAGCGAACCCCAUCGAAUGCGAUUCCUACCUACAGUAACUCCUUCUAAAGUUCGUUCUACAACUCCUAAUCUGCGAGUGGUUCCGAUCAGAAAAAGUCUAUACAACGCUGAAUUCAGAAAACGAUACCUUAGUGCCAGACUUAACAAACCAGCUUCAACAUCUACGAGCAGCAACUAGUCGGCUUUCUUUUCUGUCUGUUCAGCAAUUACCAAAAAACCAACCAACAUUUUUUCACAAAAAAAAAAUGAAAGCUGCUUUUGAGUAAAUGUGCAUUUUACAUUAUUGGUUUUUCGUAUCAAUAAAUUUUAAUAAACU